AUGAACUUCAUGCUGCCGCUUGACGCUUGUAUGGAAGAGACGACGGCUUCGAGGAGGAAAGCCAUGAAACGCCUCACGUGCCGCAAAUGCGAGGGCCACGGCGUGCAGGCCAUUCUCAAAGGUCAUGCUCCGAUCUGCCCCUUCAACGAGUGCCGCUGCGAGACGUGCUCAGCCGUGAUGUCGAUGCGCGCCUCCGCGCUGAUACGCCGCUUCCGCCACCGCCGCCCCGACCAAUCCGACGCGCUCCUCCAGACGAUUCGCUCGAAAAACGGAAACAUGCGACUCCGCAUCGUCCCAAAGGGCGAGUGCCCGGAAAAGAAUGACAUUGCCACCACCGAAGUGCACUACGGCAACAACCGCUCCGGCGUGCGCAACGUCUCGAUCUCGCCUCCGUCCUCCUUGGACUCGUCGGGCACCACCUCGCCGGCCACCCUGCCCCCAUCGCCAUCCCUCGAGAAGCCGUGGGAUCUCCAGGAGUAUCUCCACCUCCUGACCUCCUUCCCGUCGCUCGUCCAGCCUUCGGCCUUCCAGCCCGCCUUCCAGGCGCCGGCCCCUGUGCUUCAGAUGCCGCUGUACACCCCCGAGAUGCUGCUCACCCUCCAGCGCCAGCUCCUGCUCCAGCAGCUCGGCUUC